AUGACAGCUAAAAUCUGGUCCUCUCAAUGCACGGCUGGUAAUCUGCAUCCACAAGCCACUUCCUCACCCUCUAUUCGAAUCGAUGAAGAUGAAUUUUGGAAUGCUUUCACAAAUAUCGGUCCUAUGGACCUAUUUUCACCCGAGGCUUUCACCGCAGGAGUCUACUUGCCAGGCUUUAUUCAGCCAUUGCCAGUUGCGAUGAAUAUUGAGACCAUUGAACGUCUCCGGGUGAACGGAGCGUUGUCCCUCCCCAGUAUUCGCCUUCAAAGUGUGCUUUUACAGACCUUUGUUGAAUCUGUACUUCCAUCAAUGCCGAUCCUGGAGUGGCAAACGUUUCUCAAUGCCAUUCAUGAUGGAUGUGGCGACCAAGGGUCCAUCAGUUUGUUGUUGUUCCAUGCUGUUAUGUUCUCGGCCACGGCGUUCGUGGAUAUGGAGCAUCUGCUUGAAGCAGGAUUUUCAAGCAGGCAAGAAGCUCAUGAAGCCUUCUUCCAGCGAACUAAACUUCUUUAUCAAGCAAAUUAUGAGGCAGAUCCCCUUGUUAUGGUCCAGGCACUGCUGCUGAUGACUUAUCGACUUGACACAACAGACGGACAUGACAGCCACCAUUGGAUACGGGCUGCGAUUACCAUGGCACGGUCAAUUGGUCUUUUUCAAGAUCUCUCGGUAACCAUAAACUUUCAACACAGUCCAAGGCUGUGGAAACGAAUCGCCUGGUCAUGUUACAUGACAGACUCCCUGGUUGCAUUAAGACUCAGAUGCCGCCCUUCUAUUGAGAAAGGGGAAUUUAUGCAUUCCAUCCUUGAAGAGAGCGAUUUUGAAAUCAAUUGCCUGGCACCGGAAAACCAAAUACUAUCUCCAGAGUGUUCGCUGGUUCGAAAUCUGAAAGCUCAAAGAGACCUAGCUCUCGUUUGUAUCUCAAAUGCUCGAUUGUGCACAUGCAUCAGUGAGGUUCUGCAUCUCCAAGGCAAAAAUAGUCGCAUUGGAGCCUCUGUCUCGCCUACAUCUCCAGGCAUGAGUCCCAAGGACGAUUGUACUGUUCGAACCUAUGCAUCAGAAAUGGAACUUGCCGAUUGGGCCAAUUCUUUACCACCUCCUUGUCAAGCUUGUCCUGCGGAACCACAUAGCAUCAACGAAGAGCCAGCCGUCAUCCUUCACCGCAACAUCCUUCAUAUGGUAUUCUAUACCACAAUUGCCGUCUUCCAUCAAUCAAAGCCAUUUUCAUCCUCGAGAUCUUGCGUAAGGCUUGCUGCCAACCAAAUCUCUCGAAUUACUUCUGAGCUUUAUCAAAGAGAUUUGCACCAUAGGAUACCCGUCAUUGGCGUCACUGGAAUUCUCGUCGCAUUGAUUAUCCAAAUUUCCGAGAUGAAGGCACCACCCUCAUUGGAGCGUGAGGAAGCAAUACAGAACUUCCAAUUAUGUCUCCAGGUCAUGACAGGGCUGAGAGAAUUGUAUUGGGAAGCGAGCAGAGCUACAUCAUGGGCAUUAAAGGUUUUUCAAAAUGUAACCUUUGAUAGCCAACCUGAUCACAGUAAUAGGUUUCGCGAAAGGUCAUCUUCCAGUGAUAUCAGCUUGACGGAUUCUUUGAUUCCAGAGGUGCCGCUCACACAGGUCCCAUCAAUGAACUGA